UGAAAGGGGCUUGCGGUGUGAACAAAAAGAAGUUAGCAGCGGCUCCGUCUGGUUCGAUUGCUGAAAAUUUACUACAAAUACCGCAAUAUUUUAAUUAGUAUUCCACAGAAACCCUACAUAAUUUCUCCGUAAAGUCAGGACUGUAGGCUUAGGAGAGAUUUGAAAACAAAACAUGAUAACAUCAGCUGCUGGUAUCAUUUCACUCCUUGAUGAAGAGGAGCCACAGCUCAAGGAAUUUGCUCUGCAUAAACUAGACUCCAUUGUGAAUGACUUCUGGGCUGAAAUUUCAGGAUCUGUAGAUAAAAUUGAGGUCCUGUAUGAGGAUGAGACUUUUCGGAGCAGAGAAUUUGCUGCCCUGGUUGCCUCAAAGGUGUUUUACCACCUUGGAGCCUUUGAAGAAUCUCUAAACUAUGCUCUUGGUGCUGGAGAUCUCUUUAGUGUUACAGAUGACUCAGAAUAUGUGGAGACCAUCAUUGCCAAAUGCAUCGACCACUACACCAAGCUGCGGGUAGAGAAUGCUGAGCUGCCAGAGGAUGAGGAAAAGAAAAGCAUUGACCCUCGUCUCGAGGGCAUCGUCAAUAAGAUGUUCCUGCGUUGCCUAGACGAUCACAAGUACAAGCAGGCCAUAGGCAUCGCCCUGGAGACCAGGCGUCUUGACAUCUUUGAAAAAACCAUAUUAGAAUCGAAUGAUGUAAGUGGCCUCCUUGCUUACAGCCUGAAGGUUUGCAUGUCCCUGAUGCAGAACAAGAAGUUCCGUAAUGAGGUGCUGCGGGUGCUGGUUAAACUGUACAUGAACUUGGAGAAACCUGAUUUCAUCAAUGUCUGUCAGUGCCUGAUUUUUCUGGAUGACCCACAGGCUGUGAGUGACAUUCUGGAGAAGCUGGUGAAGGAAGAUAACCUGUUAAUGGCAUACCAGAUUUGCUUUGACCUGUAUGAGAGUGCCAGCCAGCAGUUCCUCUCCUCUGUUAUUCAGAACUUGCGCACUGUUGGAACACCUAUCCCUGCAGUGCCUGGUUCUACAAAUACAGGCACUGUUCCCACCCCAGAGAAAGACAGUGAUGCAAUGGAGACAGAUGAAAAGGCUGGCAGCUCCCCUGCUGGAAAGCCAGCAGAAACGAAAGAUGAGCCCAAAGACCAGAACACCAAGAUGAUCAAGAUCCUUAGCGGAGAGAUGGCCAUUGAACUGCAUCUGCAGUUUUUAAUCCGAAAUAACAACACAGAUCUAAUGAUUCUCAAAAACACAAAGGAUGCAGUCCGAAAUUCAGUGUGCCACACAGCCACGGUCAUAGCAAACUCUUUCAUGCAUACAGGAACCACAAGCGAUCAGUUCCUCAGAGAAAACUUAGAAUGGCUUGCAAGAGCCACCAACUGGGCAAAAUUCACAGCUACAGCAAGUCUUGGUGUCAUCCAUAAGGGGCAUGAGAAAGAAGCGCUUCAGUUAAUGGCCACUUACCUGCCCAAAGACACCUCCCCUGGCUCUGCCUACCAAGAAGGAGGAGGCCUAUAUGCUCUGGGACUUAUUCAUGCCAACCACGGCGGGGACAUUAUUGACUACCUGCUCAGUCAACUAAAAAAUGCCAGCAAUGAUAUUGUGCGUCAUGGUGGUGCCCUUGGUCUGGGGUUGGCUGCACUGGGCACAGCAAGACAAGAUGUUUAUGAUCUACUCAAGUCAAACCUUUACCAAGAUGAUGCUGUCACUGGUGAAGCUGCAGGUUUGGCUCUGGGUCUGGUCAUGCUGGGUUCCAAGGCAGCGCAAGCGAUCGAGGACAUGGUGGGCUAUGCUCAGGAGACGCAACAUGAGAAGAUCUUGCGUGGCCUGGCUGUGGGAAUUGCUCUGGUCAUGUAUGGGCGCAUGGAGGAGGCGGAUGCCCUCAUUGAAAGCCUUUGCAGGGACAAGGACCCCAUCCUGCGCCGAUCUGGUAUGUACACUGUAGGAAUGGCCUACUGUGGCUCCGGGAACAACAAGGCCAUCCGACGCCUGCUACAUGUCGCUGUGAGUGAUGUGAAUGAUGAUGUCAGAAGAGCUGCUGUCGAGUCCAUUGGCUUCAUCUUGUUCAGAACCCCAGAGCAGUGUCCUAGUGUGGUGUCUCUCCUGUCAGAGAGCUACAACCCUCAUGUGCGCUGUGGGGCUGCCAUGGCUCUGGGCAUCUGCUGUGCUGGUACAGGCAACAAGGAGGCAAUCAAUCUGCUGGAGCCCAUGACAAACGACCCAGUGAAUUAUGUGAGACAAGGUGCCCUCAUUGCCUCUGCUCUUAUCAUGAUCCAGCAGACUGAAGUUACCUGUCCCAAGGUGAACCAGUUCAGGCAGCUGUAUGCAAAAGUAAUCAAUGACAAGCAUGACGAUGUUAUGGCCAAGUUCGGCGCCAUCCUGGCCCAGGGAAUCCUCGAUGCAGGUGGACGUAAUGUGACCAUCUCUCUGCAAUCCAGGACUGGUCACACCCACAUGCCGUCAGUUGUCGGCCUACUUGUCUUCACUCAGUUCUGGUUCUGGUUUCCCCUGUCCCACUUUCUGUCACUGGCCUUCACACCAACUGCUAUAAUUGGCCUCAACAAGGACCUUAAGAUGCCUAAGGUGCAGUACCGCUCUAACUGUAAGCCCUCCACCUUCGCCUACCCGCCAGCUUUGGAGGUUCCCAAAGAGAAGGAGAAGGAGAAGGUAUCCACUGCUGUUCUCUCCAUCACAGCCAAAGCCAAGAAGAAGGAGAAGGAAAAGAAAGAGAAGGAGGAGGAGAAGAUGGAAGUAGAAGUCCAGGAAGGUGAGAAGGAGAAAAAGGAUGAAGAGAAGGAGAAAGAAAAGAAGAAAGAGGCAGAGCCAAACUUCCAGCUCUUGGAGAACCCGGCCAGAGUGAUGCCAGCUCAGCUCAAAGUCCUGAUAAUGCCGGAGACCUGCCGCUACCAGCCUUUCAAACCGCUGCAUACAGGUGGGAUCAUCAUCUUGAAGGACACCAGCGAGGAAGAGGAGGAGCUGGUGGAGCCCGUCUCAGCUCAUGGACCCAAAAUAGAGGAGGAAGAACAGGAGCCUGAGCCCCCUGAGCCUUUCGAGUACAUUGAUGAGUAGAAAUGCUCCCAGAGCAAAGGCAUUUGAAGACAUGAGAUCCCUUCAUCUCGGUCCCCUUUGUGUAUCUGUGUAUCCAUCCACCUCCCUGCUUCACCUCCUUUUACACGUUUAUUUUCUGCUCAUUUGCCACAUAGUGAAUGUUUUACACUCUCAUAUUGUAUAAUUUUCAGUCUGUUCAAUAAAAAAAAUAUAUAUAUUG